GUGGAUUGAAAGGCUCACAAUGGCACCGAUUCAGCUCAGAGCCUGGCUCAUUUCAUGCUCCUCCUGGCACCAAACCGGGCUCUAUAUCUCUCCUAUGCAACAACAGCUAUCAAAGUGGCACGAUCCCUUGGAGCUAAGUUUGUAAACAAGAUCCUUCCCCAGUGCCCUCCCUGAGAUGGAAAUAGUACUUGAUUGGUACAUGGAUGUGCUGGGAAGCUGCGUGCAAUUUGGAAGUUUGCUGGCUCAGACCCCAGUCCCAGGGGAGCGCCACAAUCGCAUCUUCCUAUUGGCUAGUGAGGGAUCAGCUGCUCAGAUUUGCCUCUGUCGCUUUUGGCUCUCGGCCAUCCAGAAACAAACCAGUUGGAUGAGUGCUAAUAGUUAUAGGCAGAUGUACUAAUACACAACAAAUCACGGAACUGGAGAGUGAGAGCAAAUGAGUUCGUACUUUGUGAAUAGCACUUUCCCUGGGAGUCUGCCCAAUGGACAAGAGACGUUUGUGGGGCAGAUCCCCCUCUACUCAUCCGGCUAUGAAGCUUUAAGGCAUUUUCCGGGCUCCUAUGGGUCACCUCCUGUGCAGGACAAGCCCUACCCCUCACCCUGUUUCUACCAGCAGUCCAACACCCUCAUUGCUUGCAAUGGAAACUCUUAUGAGUAUGGGGCGUCCUGUUUCUACUCGGGCAAGGAGAGCACCGGCAGCCCGUCCUCAUUUGGGACUAAACACAGAGGGGACAGUGGGGAAUAUCUACACUUCUCCGCAGAUCAGCAGCAAUACAAGUCUACCAGUGCCCAGGGCAAGAUGCUACACGAGGAAACCAGCGACCGGAAGUACAGCAGCCCUGUCUAUCCCUGGAUGCAGAGAGUCAACUCUUGUACCGGUCCAGUGUAUGGUACCCAUGGCAGAAGAGGGAGGCAGACUUACACCAGAUUCCAGACCUUAGAACUCGAGAAAGAGUUUCAUUUUAACAGAUACCUGACCAGGAGGAGAAGGAUUGAGAUUGCUAACGCCCUUUGCCUCACGGAAAGACAGAUCAAAAUAUGGUUUCAAAACAGGAGGAUGAAAUGGAAAAAAGAAAGCAAACUCCUGCUCCCAUCCCACCCCAGCGAGGACCCCUCAGAAGACAAAAAGGAGGAGAAAUGCACCCCCUAAAGGCACGUGCCGGGCCUCCUUCUAUUCGCCUAAAUCUGGAUCUCGGAUGCUCUUACCUAUUUUACAAAUAAGAAUUCAUCGCGUUAUUUAUAUACAGAAACUGGGACAUUCCAGAUGCUCACGCUCAGUAGUUUAUAUAUAU